UACUACAAAAUGAAGACAUUCCUUCUUCUGGCUCUCUUUGCGCUAGCUGUUUCGGCUGCUCCUCUGGAGGAAGCUGAGCGCGUCCAUGGCGAGAAUGGCUGGUACAUUCCCCAGGAGGACGGCUCCUCCCAGUGGGUGGACAUGGAAGUGGCUGAGGAGUGGAUGGAGGCCCAGGAGAGGCUGGAGAGCCGCGGCCUCACCACCGUUCCCGUCAAGUUCUACCUGUACACCUCGUCGAACCCCACCAAGGGCACCAAGAUCACGACCACCACCAAGUCCAUCGACGCCUCCAACUUCAACGCUGCCCACCCCACCCGCUUUGUGAUCCACGGCUGGACCCAGAGCUACACCGCCAGCAUGAACAAGGACAUCCGCAGUGCCUGGCUCUCCAGGGGAGACUACAACGUGAUCAUCGUCGAUUGGGCCCGUGCCCGCUCCGUGGACUACGCCACCUCCGUCAUGGCAGUCUCCUCCACCGGAAAGAAAGUCGCCAACAUGAUCAACUUCCUGCACUCCAACUACGGCAUGUCCCUGGAGACUCUGUACGUGAUUGGUCACAGCCUAGGAGCCCAUGUUGCUGGAUACGCCGGCAAGAACACCAACGGCCAGGUACACACCAUCGUCGGUCUGGACCCCGCCCUUCCCCUCUUCAGCUACAACAAGCCCAACAAGCGCCUGAAUGCCGACGAUGCCUGGUACGUGGAGUCCAUCCAGACCAACGGCGGAAACCUGGGAUUCCUGAAGCCCAUCGGCAAGGGAGCCUUCUAUCCGAACGGCGGAAAGACCCAACCCGGCUGCGGAUUGGACUUGACUGGCGCCUGCUCCCACGGACGCUCCACCACCUAUUACGCAGAGGCCGUUUCCGAGGACAACUUCGGAACCAUCAAGUGCGGAGAUUACGAGGCUGCCGUCUCCAAGGAGUGCGGAAGCACCUACAGCAGUGUUCGCAUGGGAGCUGACACCAAUGCCUACAUGGUCGAUGGUGACUAUUAUGUUCCUGUGAACAGCAACGCUCCUUUUGGAAUGAUUAACUAAUUGCCAUGCAAUAAACUUAAUGUCUAUGAAAGCA